CGGCCCGCUCUGGCUUCGUCUGCGGACGCACGGCCUGCUCGCUAGUCCUGGGUUCUCCGAGCGCGAGGCGACGAGCGACUAGAGCGGCUAGAGCGGCUAUGGGCAGCCGCUGGGGCUUCCUGAUCGGCCUCCUGGGCGCCGUGUGGCUCCUCCGCUCAAGCCAAGGCGGGCAGCAGCCCCCGGAGACAGCGGCCCAAAGGUGCUUCUGCCAGGUUAGUGGUUACUUGGAUGAUUGUACCUGUGAUGUUGAAACCAUUGAUAGAUUUAAUAACUACAGGCUUUUCCCAAGACUACAAAAACUUCUUGAAAGCGACUACUUUAGAUAUUACAAGGUGAACCUGAAGAGGCCAUGCCCUUUCUGGAAUGAUAUCAACCAGUGUGGAAGAAGAGACUGUGCCGUCAAGCCUUGUCAAUCUGAUGAAGUUCCCGAUGGAAUCAAAUCUGCAAGCUACAAGUAUUCUGAAGAAGCCAAUAAUCUCAUUGAAGAAUGUGAGCAAGCUGAACGACUCGGAGCUGUGGAUGAAUCCCUGAGUGAGGAAACGCAGAAGGCUGUUCUUCAGUGGACCAAGCAUGAUGAUUCCUCAGACAACUUCUGUGAAGCUGAUGACAUACAGUCUCCUGAUGCUGAGUAUGUAGAUUUGCUCCUUAAUCCUGAGCGCUACACGGGUUACAAGGGACCAGAUGCUUGGAAGAUAUGGAAUGUCAUCUAUGAAGAAAACUGUUUUAAGCCACAGACAAUCAAAAGGCCUUUAAAUCCUUUGGCUUCUGGUCAAGAGAACACUUUUUACAGUUGGCUAGAAGGCCUUUGUGUAGAAAAAAGAGCAUUCUACAGACUUAUAUCUGGUCUACAUGCAAGCAUUAAUGUGCACUUGAGUGCACGUUAUCUUCUACAAGAUACCUGGUUAGAAAAGAUAUGGGGACACAACAUUACAGAAUUUCAGCAGCGGUUUGAUGGAAUUUUGACUGAAGGAGAAGGUCCACGAAGGCUUAAGAACUUAUAUUUUCUCUACUUAAUAGAAUUAAGGGCUUUAUCUAAAGUGGUACCAUUCUUUGAGCGCCCAGAUUUUCAGCUCUUCACAGGGAAUAAAAUUCAGGAUGAAGAAAACAAAAAGUUACUUCUGGAAAUACUUCAUGAAAUCAAGUCAUUUCCUUUGCAUUUUGAUGAAAAUUCAUUUUUUGCUGGGGAUAAAAAAGAAGCAAACAAACUAAAGGAGGAAUUUCGACUGCAUUUUAGAAAUAUUUCAAGAAUCAUGGAUUGUGUUGGUUGUUUUAAAUGUAGACUGUGGGGAAAGCUUCAGACUCAGGGUUUGGGUACUGCUCUGAAGAUCUUGUUUUCUGAGAAACUCAUAGCGAAUAUGCCAGAAAGUGGGCCCAGUUAUGAAUUCCAUCUAACCAGACAAGAAAUAGUAUCAUUAUUUAAUGCAUUUGGAAGAAUUUCUACAAGCGUGAAAGAAUUAGAAAACUUCAGGAACUUGUUACAGAAUAUUAAUUAAAGAAAAGUUGAAAUAUGCCUUUUUAUGGACAGUGGAGGUCAAAGAGUGGAAUCUUGUUCAAAGGCAUCAUAACAAUGGCAGUCUUAAGGCAAAUAUUUUAUAAAGCUGCUUUUGUAAAAGGAGACAUACUGUUUUAAUAAACAUUUUUUAAUUGUGUUAAGUCUAUGUAUAAUAUUGUGAGUAAAAGUUAUACUUUGGUAAUGUGAUACAAAUUUUGAAGUUUAAUAUUGAAUAAAAUCAGGGUUAUUAAAUUCAUAUAUGGUAAAAGCCAGUACAUGAUAUUUUAGGUCUCUCAAACUAGAAUUUUAUGUAAGAUGUAAUAUAAAUAAAACUAUGGCCAUUGUGACAAGUGUUUAAUAGAACAAUGCUAAGGAGGCUCAUGAAUAACCCAUAAUUAACAGCCUAAAAUUCUUCAAUGCAUUUAGAGUUAACUGAUAUAGUAAAUAAAAAUACAGAAUGACCAGUUAAAUUUGAAUUUCAGAUAGUUUUUAAUAUAAGUAUGUUGCAUGCAAUAUUUGAGACUUAUACCAAAAAAUUAUUUCUUAUUACAAUUCAAAUUUAACUGGUAGUCCUGUGUCUUAUCUGGCAACCCUAAAAUACAUUGAUAUGAAAAAAAAAAUCACUUGUAGAAUUAUAUUACUAUCUUGAGUGACUUGUUUUGGUCUGUAGAAAGAUAUGGUGACAACUGAAAGGCAUAGGGGAUUUCUAUACAUUGUGAAAAGUUGAAUAGAUUUAUAUAUAUUUAUUCUCAUAAUACUUUACCUAAUACUGAGUAAAAUUUGGGAGAAAUUUUUUAUUUUUAUAUAAUUUGAAAUUUACAGAAAAGUUUCCAGGAUAGUACAAAGAACUCUUUUACCCAGAUUUACUAAUUGUUCAUAUUUGCUUAAUCAUGACCUUUGAACCCUACCUACUUUAGUUGUGUAAUACUGAAUAAUUUAUUAAAAAUAAUUUCAGAAAAAAAUCUGGAACUAUAAUAUAACAAGCCUUAGAAUAAGGGAUCAUUUGAAGUUUCAAUCUAAUAUUCUUUUUGAGUUUUGUUGCCCUUUUAAUGUUUGAUAUGUAAACUCACUGUGUAUAUAAUUUUUUGUUUUUUGUAUUCAUUUCCUUUUUCUCCUUAAAAUUAAACUGUAAUUUUGGGAGGUUUCAUUAGAGGAAGCUCUUCAAUGAUAAAAACUAUUUGAAGGGGUUUAGGAAUUUAUAUCACAUGGUAAUUGUAGGGGAAAAAACUGCAUACCUCAAAAUUAUGUGCCUCUUUAUAUAUCUGAGCAGGUAAAACUAUGUUGAGAUGUCACAUUAUUAAUAAAGCAGGGUUUAUUUAUACAAUGGUGUAGAAAUGCCACUUUACACUGCUGUAUACUUUUUCUUUUCUGUGUCCCUAAGGCCUGGUAUAGUGCCAAAUACAGUGGGUAUCCAAAAAAAUGUUUGUUGAAUGAAAGUAUGAAUAUGCGUUCAGUAUAUUUUAAAUGAAUAAUCACAGAGCUAAGUUUAACAGUAUGUGUUGUAUUUUUCUUUUUCCCCUCACUUGAGUAGGGCAAGAAAAGAAAGACAUUAACCUACUAGUUAAGUCAAUAUUCCUGGAGACUCAAAGGACAAUGAAAUAAGCACCAUAUAUAAAAGUUUAUGGAUUUAAAUGGUAAUUUGUCUGUAUACCUGUCUCAUGCCUCUACCCCUUUCUUUUUAACAGCCGUUUUUCUUUUUAAAGAAUAAUCCUUUCUUUACUUUGUCACUUUCCACUUACCCCUUAACUAAAAUCUGGCUUUUGGCUCUGUAGUAGCUCUUGACAAUCUCUUCCUCUGACGUCUAAAACCCCAGUUCUAAAUCCACAGUUCAGUUCAUAAGGCAUUUCUUAUUUGCCUUUUUUCCCUCCUGCAUUUGACACUGUUGACAGCUCCUUCUUUAAAAAUCUUUUUAAAAUCCCUGAUUUCCUUUUAUUUCUUCACUUAAUCCUAGAUGCCUCCUUUUUAUCCCCUUUUCAUUUAUGCCUUAAAUGUUAUUCCUCAGGCUUUCAGUCUUGCUCUCUAAAUCACCACCACUUCUCACGUUGGGCUAAUUCCAAUUCAAUGAUUUCUAAAUCCUUAUCUUUCCCAGACCUCUCCAUCCAUCUGUCUACUACAUAUCUUUACUUGGUUGUCCUACAGAUAUCUCUGUGUGUUUCUUAAAAGAAUCAUUCUCCCCCAAAUCUACUCUUAUGCCUAUGUUCCUUACUCUGGUUAAAUUCAGAGACAUUAUCAUCUAAAUUCUCUAGGCUCACUCCUCUCCUCCACCUUCCUCCUAUCCAAUCAAUAUCUAAGAGCUAUGGAUUUGCUCUCCCUACCUCUGACACAGCACUGUCUUUCCAUAUUCAUUGCUUUUAACUAAAGAACUACACUAACCUGUCUGCUUCUCCCCAGCCUGUCAACUCUAUUUGCUCCACAAUGCUACCAGAGUGCGUUAGAGCACUAGAAACGCUCUAACAAGAUUCUCUGCUGUGAUCUCCUAGUGUCACUUCCCCCAAUCCCUAUGUUCUGAUAAAACGGACUUAAGAGUUCUUCCAGUGCACCAUGGUCAGUCCCCCACAUCAAGUGCCCUAGCUAUCCUUCCCCACCUGGAAAAUUUCUAUUCAUCUUUGCAGGCCCAGCUAAAGCAUCAUCUCUGUGAAAUCUCCCUUGUUGCAUCCAAGGAGGACCAUAACUAACUUCCUUCUUUUGUGUUACCACUGUAAUUACAACCUACCUCUAUUGUGUCACUUACUGUACUGUAUUGUUUUUGUCUUUUUUUAAGCCUCCUUUACUAGAAUGUGAGCUCCUUAAGGGCAGGAAAAGGAACUUUAUCCAUUUUUUGCAUUUCCACAACAUAGUUUUCUGCAU